AUGCACAACCCUCUCAACCUACUACACCUAUGGCCUAACAAGGCAAAGCGGCCAGUCUUUGGCUCCCGCAAACCCUCGGCGCCAUUAGCUCCGGGUACCCUGGUUCCCAUAAUGUUCAAGAUUAGUAUAUUCAAGAUGGGCAGACAAAAUGUUUACUCAAUUUGUGGGAUAGAUUAUCCGACCCUAUCUGCCUGA